AGAACCCGGAAGGGGAGGCUGAAGAGGAGCGAGUGGGGGGAAACCCGCGUAGUCGAGAGAACUGCAGCGCGGGGAGAUGGUGGCCUGGAGAGCUCCCCACUACCAUCCUGGCCCUGAGACUGAGUGAGUACCUGCUGCUGCUUGUCAUCGCCACCCAGCAUGGACAGGGGCAGCCUCCUGCCCUUCCAACUCUGGUGCCCCCGGCCCUUCAGCAAGUAUUCCCAGAACCAGCCGCGCCCACCUUCCGCAGCCCUCAAACCUCCCGUCUGCCCUGACACAAGCAGCGGGACUGAGCCCGACCAUAGGCCUGCACACUUGGAGAACACACCACCUGCCUUGGCUGCAGAAGCCCCCACCUCCCAGCAUGCUCCACUCCUCUCUGCAGCCGCUUCCGGUGAUGAGGGUCGAGUCCUGCUGGACACGUGGUAUGUUAUCAAGCCUGGAAAUACAAAGGAGAAGGUGGCCUUCUUUGUGGCCCACCAGUGUGGUGGAGGUAGCCGGGCUAGCUCUAUGAAGGUUAAAGGGCACUGGGGCAGUGACAGCUCCAAAGCUAAGAGGAGGCGGCGCUGCCUGGAGCCCACCAAGGCUCCUCCAGACCAAGGGGGCCAAGAAGGAACCCCUGCCACUGAGGUGGCCCCCACUUCAUCCGGGGAUGAUGUAGACCUGCUUUCUGUAGCAGAAAUGGUGGCCCUGGUUGAACAGAGAGCUGCCCUGGCCUUGCAGAGUUACCCACGCCCCAGUACCCCAGCUCCUGUGGUCUUUGUGUCAGCUGAGCAGGGGGGACCAGCCAAGGGGCUAGGGUCAGAAAGGCGGUCUGGUGGUGGUGACUGCAGCCGAGUUGCUGAGGCAGUGGCCCACUUUGAGGCCCAACGGGACAGCCCCCCGACCAAGGGUCUCCGCAAGGAGGAGCGGCCAGGCCCUGGACCAGGCGAGGUGCGUAUAGCUUUCCGCAUCUCCAAUGUCCGAGAGCCUCAUUCACCAGAUGGCAGCUUACCCAAUGGGGGUGGAGGUCGGCCUGGUUGUCCCUACCCUGGUAGUCCUGGACCUGGGACUCGAGCCAAAGACAAAAUCACCUGCGACUUGUACCAGCUUAUCAGCCCCUCCAGGGAUGCCCUUCCCAGCAACGUGGAGUUCCUACUGGCCAGGGCUGAUGAAGCCAGUGAGGGUGAGACACCAGCCCCAGCCAGGCCUGAGGACACCCCACCAGCACCCCCUCCACCCCCUGCCCGGGACUGCGGUGCAUCAGGAUUCCAUGUGGAUGUAGUGGUGACUGGGGUCGUGGAUGCAUGCAUCUUCUUUGGCAAAGACGGCACCAAGAACGUCAAGGAAGAGACUGUGUGCCUGACAGUGAGCCCUGAGGAGCCACCCCCACCUGGCCAGCUCUUCUUCCUCCAGUCCCGAGGUCCAGAAGGGCCUCCUGAGCCACCCCCAGCGGAUACACCAAGCACAGUGCCAGGCCCCGAUGAUUCUGAGGGCACAACGGACACCUCCCUGUGCCGCCUGUACCGGCACGUGUCGCACGACUUCCUGGAGAUUCGCUUUAAAAUCCAGCGUCUUCUGGAGCCUCGGCAGUACAUGCUGCUGCUGCCUGAGCACGUGCUUGUCAAGAUCUUCAGCUUCCUGCCCACACGGGCCCUGGCGGCCCUCAAGUGCACCUGCCACCACUUCAAGGGCAUCAUCGAGGCUUUCGGUGUACGAGCCACGGACUCUCGCUGGAGCCGGGACCCACUCUACCGAGAUGACCCUUGCAAGCAGUGCCGCAAGAGAUAUGAGAAGGGUGACGUGUCACUCUGCCGCUGGCACCCCAAACCCUACCACCACGACCUGCCUUAUGGACGUUCCUACUGGAUGUGCUGCCGCAGGGCCGACCGCGAGACACCAGGCUGUCGCCUGGGCUUGCAUGACAACAACUGGGUACUGCCCUGCAAUGGAGUGGGUGGAGGCCGUGCUGGCCGGGAAGAGGGGAGGUGAAGCCUGGGGUGAGGGCACACCUGCGAUACCUAGCCCCUCCCCACAUUGCUGGGAGCUGGGGACCAGGACUGAGUCACCAGCCAACACCUAAUCGUUCAUGCAGCGUUCUUCUCCCACCAGAGCUGGGAGCAGUUUGGGGGUCAACGGGGUAAAUACCUUGCUUGACCUCUGUUGGUUUUCUAUUCUUCAGAGCCAGGGCCAUGGACCCUCAGAGAGGGUUGUGGCUUUUUGCUUUUUUUUUUUUUUUUCUUCAAAUCAGCAUCUCAGUUUCACCUCCAUCCAUCCCUGACAGCACCCUCAAGUCUCUCCACCCCAGGGACCCACCAGCAGGGAGCAGACGGCAGCUAAUUUUGGUACUACCUGAGGCUUUCCUCAAGCUGGCCCUCCGUUCUGUGCCUCCCCAAGUUGUCUUUGGAGCUGCAUUUACCAGGGCGCUGCAUGCUCAUGCAGGCCUUCCACGUGGGGUUCUCUGAGGCAUCGGGGUCUCUCCACCCACCCCCACCCCCAAGUUUCUUCAGAAUCUCCUGGUUACCUGGGACCUUGAUUUUGAGGCAGUUUGGUCCAAAAUAUUUUUGUUUGGGGUUUUUCCUCGUUUUGGGGGAGGGGUUGUUUUUUCCUUCAUUGUGGUUCCAGAAGCUUCUAGUGUGUGGCAUCUGACCAAUUUUGAAUUGGUCCUUUCUAUAAAAUCAAUAUUUAUAAAGCUG